AUGGCUGAAACCAAAACAUUCGAAAAUCAAGAAAAAACUGCAAUCAACAUGCCUGGUCAUUUGCCACUCUAUGGCAGUCAAAAAAUUGACCAUGACAAACUGCGGUACCCGCACUGCAUUGUCUGGACACCAAUACCAUGUCUUACAUGGCUGUUUCCAAUUAUAGGACAUAUGGGAAUAUGUACUAGCACAGGAGUUAUUAGAGACUUUGCUGGCCCUUAUUAUGUCUCGGAAGAUGAUAUGGCUUUUGGAAACCCUGUAAAAUAUUGGCAGCUAGACUUGGCUAAAGUGAAUAAUGGUAAAGAGUCCUGGGAUCGUGGAGUGAUGGACUCUUGUGAAGAAUAUAAACACAGAAUGCAUAAUUUAUGUUGUGAUAAUUGCCAUUCCCACGUUGCCAUGGCACUGAACACAAUGAAAUACAAUGGUAAAACAUCCUUCAAUAUGGUCAACCUUUGUCUGUAUAUGUUACUGUAUGGAAAAUACACAAAUCCUUGUGGAUUUUUGAAGACAUGGUUACCAUUCUUGAUCUUUGUUGGCAUAAUAUUGGCAAUUGUCUUGACAACAUCAUUGUAAACAUCAAAUCUCUAUUUCUUGAAUGACUGUGAUAUUUUGUAGCCAUUAUUUAUUUUUACCUUUGUUUAAAUGACAACCUGUAAUAUUCAUGUUGUAUUAAAAGGAUUUCAAUAUCGAAAAAGACUGUAUAAAACUUUUUCUGAGAAAUAUUCCAAACACAUGAAUACAAUGUACUUGGGGGGGGGGG